UCUCUGUGGAGAUCCAGCAUGGCGGCCACCUUGACUAGAGGACUGUCAGGGUUUGUGCGGCCUCUGACAGUCCUGGGAAAGAAUGUCUUCAACCACGCAAUGAGAGGUUCUCUAUCCAUUCCUCGCUUUUCCACACUUGUCCAGAGACAGCUUAGUUUUAAGCCACUGCCUCCUAUCAGUGGCAGUGGAUCUCAAAAUACUCUACUUCAACGAGUCACUCCCCUUCUGCCAUCACUGAUGCAGCAGCCCAGCAAGAAUUUAACGUACUUCAGUGUUAAGAAGGGGAAAAGGAAGACUGUGAGAGCUGUGGUGCACAGGUUUCUCAGGCUGCACUGUGGCCUCUGGGUGAGGAGAAAGGCUGGAUAUAAGAAGAAGCUGUGGAAGAAGGCAGCAGUCAGGAGAAAGCGCUUAAGGGAGCAUGUUUUCUGCAAUAAGACCCAGUGCAAGAAAUUAGAUAAAAUGACGACGUCCUUCUGGAAAAGAAGAAACUGGUACCUUAAUGAUCCCUACCAGAAAUAUCAUGAUAGGGUUAACCUAUCAGUGUAAAAGUCUGUUAUAAUUAUUUUCACAUACAGAAAAUCAUGUAUAAGCCGUAAUAUUGACCCUAAAACCACAACUAGUAACACAUUUGUUGUUAUUUGUCAUCACUGUAAAUAGCCAUGAUUUAUUAAAUAAAUGAAAUAAAACUUU